AUUAUUGGUGUAGACUGUACUGCGAUAUCCCACCAUGCUCCUGUGCCAGUCUUCUGUGCUCCCUAAACUUCCCGAUGAUCGGGACAGGAUGGUCUUGAAAGCCCCAGUUCGCAUUGUUCCUCUAUGGCGGGACCUCAAAGUCCAACUCAUGGAAACCCUGGAGCUACAAAAGGGCAUGCCAGAACCAACUGAAGGAAGUCCCAUCUUGCUGAGUGACAGGCCCAAUAUUAUAUUUCGAGAGAGUUGCGAACCCGAUUCCAUGCCACUUGUCUUCUUCAUUCGGUCAAGUGACGUCGAAAGCUACCUUGCAUCAUUUACCUGGAAGAGAGGGAAGGGAAGCAAGGUGCGUGCCUGGAUAUACAGCUCAGAGGACGAGACCACAGUGACAGAGAGAGAGUAUUCCAUCAUUAAAAACCCCAGGGUCCUCAUGAUUGUCCAUGUCAGCCACCUGCAUCUGCUGGUCGCCUUUUGCGAUGACAUCCACUUGCGUUUCUUUGGAGACUACACUCAGGGGUAUCAGCUGCUUUCUGAGAUGAGCUCGCCUUAUUCCAUCACUAGCCUGUGCUCCAACUCUGAGACUGGUGAAUUGGUGACAGGGGCCAUUGGCAUUGUGACUUUCUGGUCUUUUGUCAUCGAAGAUGUUCCUUCCAUCAAUAUCGAGCAGGAGGUGCUCAUUGCGAGCGGAGAGUUUGUACACUUUCUCAGAGUGGAGCCAGAGUGGGGAGCGCUGGUCGCUUUGUGUGAAAACAAUAUCCGUGUGUACAACUACAAAACCAAGGUCCAGAUUUGCAAUUUCCAGGUCAGCCAAGGUGUGUCUCUGACGUGCUGCACUUCAAAUUGUGCCCAGGGCUUCCUCUACACGGGAGACCUGGCUGGGGACAUUACAGUGUGGGACUUUCUCAAAGGGAACCUGGUCCACCAAUUCAAGGCUCACUUGAGCGCCAUCACCAGCAUAAUCAGCCGGAUGUCAGUCCAUACCCUCAUGACCGCAUCACUGGACGGUCUCCUAAAGGAGUGGAACCUGACUACCUGUGAGCAGCUCCGGCGUGUGGACAUUGGGGAAGAAGUUUUCCAGAUGCAGUUCAUCAAUGAGCAGACGUUCUUCCUCCGUACUAGAUACACCUUUUCCAUUCGGACUGUCAACAACUUCUACCAGCUCUUCAACAGGUCUAAAUCUAGCCUCAAGAAGCUGGAACGGGUGCAGUGUGGAUCAGACAAGGCACGCAUCCUGGCAGCAACGGAAGACGGGGUUGUCCGAUUCCUUUCUCCUGUUACAGGAGAGAUGUUGUUUGUCACCUGGCCCUUCCAAUUACUCGAGAAGGCCCUGGACUAUGUUUAUGAUCCUGACCAGGAGGAACUGUUAAUAACAUUGGGCACAAGUGAUAUCUAUGUCAUGGAUACCGCCAAGAAUCCUUGCCCAGUGAAGUAUAUCCUGCAUACUGCCGACUCCAUAGACGACAAGGUGCUGUGUUUGGCCUACAGCCGCCUGGAUCUGAAUGGCCGCACGUCUAGCUUCAUCUUCAGUGGGUUCAAGAGUGGGAAAGUGCGCACGGUCACCCAGAAUUUGUAUCGGAUGGGUGGUCGCAGAAUUCAUAAUGGCAAUGUGCUGGCACUCAGCAGCCUUUCGGCCUCAGGGAACCUCUCAUACCAUUCGCGGGAAUCCUCCUACUUGUGCUCCUACGGCCUAGAUAAUUACAUUAUUCUUUCCGAUGUGAUUUUGAAGAAGAGCAAUCUUCUGGAGGUGGUACCUCUGGUUUCUAUCCAGAGCACCAACUGCAGGAUCAACAACCUCCUACUUAUUCCUGGCUACAUCUGUGUCCUCACAGAUCAAAACCGUGUUCGGUUGUGGCGCCAGGCAACGCUAGUCCCUGGCAAAAAGAAUCCUUUCUGGAAAGAGACCGGCGCCAUGCAUUCCUCCAGCAUCACUUCCUUUGAUUACUGCCACACGCUCAGCCUCCUGGUGACGGGCGGUUCUGACGGAUCUGUCCGCAUUUGGGACAUCCUGGGGCAGAUGUUAGUGGAGUUUGACACGACCCUCAAAUUCAGCCGUGUCUGCUUUGCCAACCAGCGGGGAGACUUGAUCGUGGGCUUCAACAUGAACAUCUAUUUCAUCCCAUGUGUCUCGUACCUCCCCAACAAGCACCUCAUGAUGUUGGCAACCCGGAGCGUGAGAGAUGAUACGGCUGAAUGCCCUCUUCCAUUCAUGACACGUUUCUUGCUAUCGUUCGACAUUGUUUUUGUGCCCAAGUAUCAUCAGGUGGGCAAGAAAGCAAAGAAGUUUGAACGUCUGGAGCCCAUAACCAAUCACAAGGAGGUGGUGAUGGAAAAAGGUGUCGCCAAAGUGAUGUCAUUCAUUGGCAAGCGAGUGAGCAGUCUUCCCGAUCCAGAUUUCUAUGGGCUUACACCGGACAUCAAGGAGUUGCACCCGGAGUUUGCUGUGGAGUACCAACUCCUUUCGAGGCCCACUUUGGGGAAGAGACACGCUCCGGCUGAGCCCCCACUGGCCCCGCCGCCUUACCGUGGGCUCCCACCACUGUCUAAAAUUGUCCCCCUCCACCGUAGUAUACCUUUCCAGCCUGGACGCUCUUGGCCCAUUGCACCUGAUGGCUUUGUCCCCAAUUCAGUGAUCCGAGCCCAAUUGUUUCCACAUGGGAUCCCCACAAGCCUUGAGUGCCCCUUGAUACCCAGCCGGGAUCCCUUGCCAAUGCGGAAGUUGGUUAAGAUACAGCUGCAAGACUGGGAUAAGUCAGAGGUUGUUGAGAAAGCCCGGAAGAAAAAGGCAGAAAAGUUAAAGCGGCCUGCCAUCGAGGGACGCCGACGAGAUCUACUGUCUGAAAUUGUGACCAAACCCUGGUUGAGGCACAAGCCUAGUGAUACAUCACUUCCUUCUGUAAUUAAGGCCAUUAUAAACAUAAUGGACGAUGUGCCCUAUUCAACCUACUUGCUCUGUACAUCUGCCCUGGUCCAGCUUUCUGAGUCUUAUGAGCUGCCAACGCCAGUCCAGGAACAGGCCUUUGACCGUCUCAUCCAGGACACGAACCACAAAGAGGUAAGGAUGAGGCUGGCUGCUUGGGAGGCAUUGGGGAAGAUGGACCUGUUGACUGACCAGGAGGUGGUCCCACUCGCUCGAGCCCUUUUGGAUGAAAACAAAAAAGUGCGAGAUUUAGCUCGUUCUUUGCUUGACUCUGUGGCUGGCAUUACGGACAAGUUUGUCCUGAAGAAGGAGAUGCAACGGAUGGCAGGCACCAGCCUGGAUGACCUGGCUGAAAUGAACCGUUCUCAAAUAGAACUAGCUUUCCCUCGCAGGAUGCGUGCUGCCGGUAUCAUUGCAGAAACCCAAGAUGAAGCUUUCCAAGCCUUGACAGAAGAGUCGGAGCGGCUGCUGAACCGAGUGGAGAAUCAGCUGACGGCCAAUCUGUUCCUGAUGACCGAGACUCCCACACUAGAAGCCCAACGCUUCAGCCGCCCACCCCGUUUCCGGCAAAGAGCCUUGUCUCAAGGAGCGCAGGAAGAGAUCGCCAAGCCAGACUCCCACUUGGAGGCCCGGGCCCGAUGGCUGGGUCUCUUUGCCAGGACUGAUAAGCUGAAGUCUCAAGGUCAGUACACAUGUGGAAACAUGUGUUGGUGA